UCCUCUGAACUUCUCGGCUCCCAAGUGGUCGGGUGGCCGCCUCUACGGUGACUGCCCAGGACGCUGGGAGGCCGCGGGCGAGCAGGGCCUCCGCAGGAUCUCGCCCGUCCUGCAGCGGACGCGCCCGCUCGCACUGCCACGGCCUAAGGGCGCCCGAGUCGGGUUCAAGGACAAGCUGGAGGCCUUCGUCUCGGACCUGCCCAUGUGCGAGGUUGUCUCGGAUCCGUGGCUGGACACAUCCAAGGUCCUUCACGGUGAGUUCCGAGUGUCUUUUGCCACUCUCGAGGCGCAGGUCAGGAAGGAGGGGUCUACGGAGCUUCGUGAUUGGAUGUUGUCUACGGGUGAUGGAGGAGCUCGGACGGUGCACGUGGUGGCCAAAG